AUGGCGAUGAUGAUGACUGGCCGUGUGCUGCUGGUGUGUGCCCUCUGCGUGCUGUGGUGCGGUGCCGGCGGUGGUUUUGGUGAAGAAGCUCCCACGGUGUCUGUGCCAGAUUUGCCCACUGCCGACACGGUUGCUCAGGGAAUUACCGAGAUGACUGGUGACGCUGGUAAUGGAGGACCCCAAGAUGGUAAAGAAAAACUGCAAGGAGAAACAAAACCAGAAGUGAAUGUAAAUAAUUCAGAAAACCCCGCAGGAACACCUUCCGGAGUAAACGCCGAGGAAGAAGAGGAUGAUAAGGAGGAAACAGAAGAAGAAGAAGAAAUAAGAGAUGAACACAACGUCGAAACAGAACCGCGUAAAGAUCAAGGAGAAGAAGCUGAAGAUGGUCCAGGUGUCCCGAAUGCGAGACCAGUUGCCAGUGCGCAGCAGCAUCUCCAGCCAGCUCCAUCUACGGGGAGCAAGUCUCCUUCCGGCUCUCUGGAAACAACUCUUCAGGCCACGCAAACUGGGUUACAACAAAGUGCCGACACCCCCAAUAACCUACCAACGGGAAACAACAAAAUUAACAAAGAAACCGGAAGAAAGACAGCGUCUGACAAAACUGCAGAAGAAACGUCACCAUCUUCCUUAAGGGAAGGUGUUGUUGACAUCCAAAAAGAUGCAGAGGGCAACAACGAAAAACAUCAAAACAACCCUCACCUGCCUGCGACCGCGGCCACUUUACAAGUCCACCAACAGGACGGUAAAUUGGACACCAUAAAUGAAACAAUAUUAAGUGGCGAAACAAAUAAUGAGAAUAUACAGCAGAAUGACAGCAGCUCUAAAUCAGUUAAGGCCGUGCAGUCUGACGCUGGCACAGAAGGCAACCCUACCGCCAAUGAAUUGAGCCGACCCUCCAUUGAGGACGCCACACCGAUCAGUAAGACCCACGAUUUUAACAAAGACUCUGACAGCACAGAAAAUGUGGCCUCUGAGACAGCAGGCUCGGUAACAGCACCAAAUACAGACUCCAAACCAGGUGGCACAGCGAUGCCUGGCGACAGUGACAGCAGCACCGCGGUCUCCCACACCACCUCCCCUCUUUUGCUUCUUCUUGUUGCGUGUGCGGCUGCUGCAGUGGUGGCCGCGUGA